AUGAGAUUUUCACACCACCGCUUUGAACAUCUGCACCCUGUCAUAUGUGGCAUUUCGGUUGUCAGCGCACACAGGAAUCAGUCAACACUAGACAAAGUCCCUGAGGCAACUAGCAGCUCGGCUUGUGCUAACGAAGAGAGGGCCAGGUGCCCAAAACCCACUGAGCUGGCCGACAGAGACACAAUCCAAGAGAUUCACCACGAAAUCUUGUGGACGACCGACUGGGCCUCCUUAUCUGAGGCGCUGUAUGUGCAGCACAGGCCCCUCAGGCAAACAGCUUUGUUCUACAGGAUGUCGGGGCUCCCUGGGCUGCCUCUCGCGCCGCUCUUCUGCUAA